UAUGACAACAGUUUGUCCUUUUAGUUGAGAACGAACUUGUCGCUGAGAAGGGUAUUGAUUGUAAGACAACGGCCACAAGAUGGUUCUUCACGCAAUUACAGCCCUGUUGUCCCUUGGACUCUGCUAUGGCAUGGCUCCCUCGGGUAGCACCUCCAAACCCGCGGUCUACAAUGGAGCAGGAGCACAACAAAGCCUCUUCCCCGGACGGCAAGCACAUCAACCAAGAGUUGGCCUCUUCCCACAGCAACAACAACGAAAUCCUUCCUACCUGAGUAGGGAGUCCUAUGGCUCAUCACUCUUCGACCCAAACAUGUUCCCUGUCGCUCAUGCUCCUGUGGGUCAACAACUCGGUCUUCUCGGGCAAGCCGUAGCUGGAACCAGUGGUGGACAAACGAACGCAGGCACAGGCAAUCAGAACUUGAUGAGGUCAAUCAUGCAGAACACAAUGACCGGCAGACUAAUGGGAUUGGACAACCAGGAAAUUGCUCACCUGAAUUCGGUUCGUACCCUAGGUGUAGGACGCGCCAACAUCGACCGUCUGUUGAAGAUUGACCAGAUACCUUCCUACAACUACUAUCUGGCCCUCAAGAACAAACCAGCUCAGUUUGCCAAAGCUCAGACCUAUCUCAUGACCUUGAACAGGCUGGAGAAUAGCGCUACGGAUGCUCAGCUGGAGACCAUGGGACUGAGGAUGAUGAUGCAGAGAAACCAGGACCCCGAUAUCGUCAGGAUGUUGGAACUGGACGCAGCUAGGGGAGUGUACGGCGACCGAUUGCAGAGAGCAAUCGUGCGUAAAAACCGAAUGUCUCUGUUUGGAUAAUUAAAUUAAUCUGUAAACUAAAUGCAUAGAUAUGAUGAUGGUGAUGAUGAUGAUGAUCAUAGCCCUGUAUGCGUGUUUCGAUUUCUUUUCUGUCUCUAUUUAUACAUAUGUCUCAGCCGUUCUAACAUCAGCGCAGGGUCGAUUAUUCAGGGUGUUUGAAGAUAUCAUGUUAACGUUGGGUGUGUAAUAAAAGAUAAAUGAGU